AUGACGAUCAAAUACCUCAUUCUGCUUUCGCGGCAGGGCAAAGUGCGCCUAGCCAAGUGGUUCACCACGCUCGCCCCCAAGGACAAGGCCAAAAUUGUCAAAGACGUCUCGCAGCUCGUCCUCGCCCGCCGCACGCGCAUGUGCAACUUCCUCGAGUACAAAGACACCAAGAUCGUAUAUCGCCGAUAUGCCUCGCUCUUCUUCAUCGCCGGCUGCGACUCCACUGACAAUGAGCUGAUCACCCUCGAGAUCGUCCAUCGCUACGUCGAGCAGAUGGACAAGUACUACGGCAACGUGUGCGAGCUCGACAUCAUCUUCAACUUCCAGAAAGCCUACUUCAUCCUCGACGAGCUGCUGCUGGCCGGCGAGAUGCAAGAGAGCAGCAAGAAGAACGUGCUGCGCUGCAUAGGGCAGCAGGAUAGCCUUGAGGACAUGGAGUACCUAGAUUUGUGCGCCCUCCAUGAGGUCAACCUUGCCCUCAACUUCGAUACCCAAGACACCGCGAUCAUUGGCGGCUGCGAUCUGUGGACUGUAAAAGCAGCCGGCAGCGAUAAGAAACUUUACAAGCGCAUUGAGAACACGCUCGAAGCCAGGCAUAAGGAUCAUCUCGCAGCCAUCGCCGAUUUGUCCGAGCAAUCGGCUGCGCAAUUCGCCGACGACAUUGAUGUCGAAAGGGAUACACCGUUCGGCAGUUUCAAUGAGGCCUCAAACAGGCACUCGUUCGCUUAUCUCAUUGCGACCUUGAAUGCGACACAUAUCGACUACGAUUUCGCAAAUACCCUCAACCCGGACGAGUUCCGUCGCGAGACGCAGCAAAGCUUCAUGCAUAAGAUUGACCAGACUAUGUACUACCUCCGCCCUCAGGUCUACUCGGCCGGCCUACCCGCAGGCGCCGUCACACCCCUCGGCUCACCGAUAUGGAGCCCUCGAUCCUGGCAACUCCUUGAUAGCGAGAUGGACAUGGCCAACUGCGAAUACUACGCAUGGGAGCCGUCAGAUGACCCCUUUGCCGACGACGGCGCUAUCUGGAGCCACCACUUCUUCCUCUACAACCGCGACCGCAAGCGCGUCAGUUACUUCUACCUGCGCGGCAUUUCCGCCCUCUCGCCCAGCCCCAGCAUGUCAAUGUCCCUCAUGAGCAAGUUCAAGCAGUCCAACCACGAAUCAAGUACCAACGCUGGUUCCCGUAAGAGGGCCGAGUACUGGCUCGGCGAGCGCGCGCGAAAGGGACUCGAGGCGUACGGUGACAGCGACGAGCUGGAUAACAUGGUCAUCGACCACCCUGGCGACGUUGUCGAUGCAGAUCAGAACCGGUUCGUGCCUAUACGCGAAAUGAGCAUGGACGCCGAUUACUACGAGAGUGAGGGCGACAGCGAUGUAGAGAGUCUGGUGGAGAUGCACAGACGCAAGAGGAGUGGUGUGCGCACCAUGAGCGAGGGCAUUAUGGAUCGUAUGGAGCUCUAG